CUUUUCUUUCUUUCUUUCUUUUGUUAUCUAUUCAAAUUCGCCUCUUUUUUUUUUUUAUUUAUUUUCUUUCCUUGUCUUUUAAAUUUGUCCAUUUGAAUCAUGUUUCGAAACCAAUACGACAAUGAUGUCACCACUUGGUCCCCACAAGGUCGUAUCCAUCAAGUAGAAUAUGCUGUUGAAGCUGUGAAACAAGGAUCAGCCGCUAUUGGGUUGAGAAGUAAUGAAAACGUAGUGUUAUUAGCUCUCAAGCGUUCUUCCGGUGAACUUGCCUCUUAUCAAAAGAAACUUAUCAAGAUUGAUGAUCAUAUGGGUAUUGGUAUUGCUGGGUUAACUUCUGAUGCUCGUGUAUUGAGCAACUUUAUGCGUACCGAAGCCAUGCGGUCAAAAAUGUUAUAUGAUCGACCUUUACCUGUACAACGUAUUGUUAGUGCUAUUGGUGACAAGGCACAAGUAAAUACUCAACAAUAUGGCCGUAGACCCUAUGGUGUUGGUCUUCUUGUGAGCGGCUAUGAUGAAACGGGACCUCAUUUGUUUGAAUGUUCACCAUCUGGCACCAUUUUUGAAUAUCAUGCCAUGUCCAUUGGUGCUCGAUCUCAAUCUGCAAAAACUUAUUUGGAAAACAAUUUUGAAUCUUUUGCUGAAGCAUCAUUGGAAGAACUUAUACGUCAUGGUCUUCAAGCACUUCGUGAUACAUUGCAACAAGACAAAGAAUUGAACAUUGAUAAUACAUCACUGGGUAUCGUAGGAAAGGACAAGCCAUUUGAAAUCAUUGAAGGUGAUGCUUUGCAAAAGUAUCUUGACUUAUUGGGAGAUGAUAUAGGAAGAACUCGACGUGGUGAUGCUUCAACAACAACAACCAAUGAACCUUCUUCUUCUACUGGUGAAGAUGAUGUGGUUGCUAUGGAUACCGAUAAUUGAAACUUUUAGUGUAGAAACAAAAUAGUUGAAUAAUAAUAAUAAAAAAAAAGGUCUUCAAACAUGCAUAUUUCUUUUU